GGAGAUGUUGUUUGGUUACAUCAACAUGAAGAUGAAGAACUGUUUAUGUGAGAUAAUUGCAGUCCCUCAUUUUCCUGGAUAACUACAUAAAUAUUUCCUGUCUUAUCUUACACAGUCAUGUACAUAAAAAAAAAGAAGAAGAAAAAAAGAAAGAAAAGAAAACCAGGACAGGACGGGUUUCAACGAAAUUCGACAUUUUAAUGUUCAUACAGUGGUUAGCAAAACAUAGGCUAUCAAAACGUUACUCCGUGGAACGUAGUUAGUUAUUGAAAAGUGAUGAAAAGUGAAUAUCCUCGGAGCAGAUGACAGGCUUCCUUCACUUCCUGAUGGCGAACAGGGAUCACAUUUGGUGAGUUUAGCAGAAAUCUUUAGCUUUUGUUCCUAAAUGCAGUCGCAGGAGUUCGAGUUUUCACUACGCCCGAGUGGAAGACACGUAACGGGAAGUUUUGAGUCUAGUUUCAGGGUUUUACGGGAACAGGAUGCAGAUGUUCUGAGGAUCCGCAGCGGUUCCUUGAGUCCAGAACCGGAGAACAAAGAGAGAUGGCUCAAGAUGUCUUAUGAGACUGAAAUAACUUACCACAAAUAUGAAAUCCCUGGAAUGGGAGAGGACAGUGUUUUAGAAAUGCUGAGCUACUCCAAAUUCUCUGAUCUGGAGACAUGGCUGUGUAAGCCCUCUACUAUGUUACCCAGGAGCCGGGAUUCAGUUUGCUCCUUGCCGCUACUGUCCCACGAGAAUGGCAUUGGAGACACAGACAAAGAGUCCAGGCCCCUGGAGAACGAGUCUAUCCAUCUGAGCCAGUGCCAGGAGAAGGAAACCCAUCUAUUGCCAGUUUCAGCCUCCCCUCAGUCCUCGUCGCCUCUGCGGACCACCUCAACUCCUCUGCCCGAGCCCACCAGAGACUCCUGUCAAGGUGGCGUGAGUGUGAAGAAACGCCGGCGCCUGGCAGCCAGCCCUGGAGGACUGCACUGGGACGCAUCAGGGUCAGUGCUGCGUGACCAUGACCGAGGGGAGACGUCGUCACUGUCGGAAGUGAAGCGCUUCCCUCGGAGUGUGGAUUCGGAGAGUCGUGUCCCAGAGCCUUGGAGGGAAAGACUGCCUCUUAGGAAGACCAUAUCCAUCGAUGACAGCUUUCUCCAGCAGACGCCUAGAGAACAUCACAGACUCCUCAGCCGAAUAGAAAGGGGCAAGAAGAAACUCAGGAACAUUAAUAGUCUUGGAGCCACCGGCAGAUACGAAACCCAUAAAAAAUCUGAGAGUAGGAUCUCCCGACUGGCUCAGAGACUCAACCAGAGGCAGAGCGAUGCUGCGCUGAUUAAGGAUUUCAGACCCCUCUUCCUUCUCUCUGGCUCUCUGGGAAGCUCUCAGAGCUUGGACAGGGACUUCUCCAUUAGUAUGACCCAACAGAUGCAGAACCUGCAGCUGACGCAGAAUAAGAAGGGGGCGGGACCCGCCUCCCCCAGCGCUGCCAAGCGCCUCUACCGAAACCUCUCUGAGAAGCUCAAGGGGAGCCACUCCUCCUUUGAGGAUGCUUACUUCUUUGGCCGAUCCGACCGUAUCCGUAAAGUAUCUAACAUUCAGAGCAAUGAGGCUCUGUUCGAGGCUGUUGAACAGCAGGACCUGGAUGCCGUGCAGAUCCUGCUGUUCCAGUACACAGCUGAUGAACUGGACCUCAACACUCCUAACAGUGAAGGCCUGACGCCUCUGGACAUCUCCAUCAUGACCAACAACGUCCCCAUAGCCAAACUGCUGCUCAAAGCAGGAGGGAAGGAGAGCCCUCACUUUGUCAGUUUAGAGAGCAGAGAUGCCCAUCUCUCAGCACUGGUGCAGGAAGCUCAAAGGAGAGCCAACGAGCUGUCCACCCAGGUGAUGAGAGAGAGUCUCAGCCUGGAAACAUCGGAGAAGGAAAAACAGCUCAAAGCUUGGGAGUGGAGAUGCAAACUCUACAAGCGAAUGCGCACGGGAUUCGAGCAUGCACGACCACCAGAGGCUCCAUUGAUGGUGCGUCUAAGUGUGACCGGCAGCACGUCUCUCACUGUUAGCUUUCAGGAACCUGCCAGCAUGAACUCGGCCGUAGUGACCAAAUACAGAGUGGAAUGGAGCUGUUUGAAGGACUUCUCUCUAUUAGCCGGAGAGAUGAUCCUCGAGAACCUGCAGUCCCUGAAAUGCACAAUAUCCGGUCUUACCACGGGUAGACAGUACUACGUUCAAGUCUCCGCCUACAAUAUGAAAGGCUGGAGUCUGGCACAACUCUCUCAACCUCCCUCUGCUGUUCCCUCCAACUGGAAGGACUGCGAUGGGAGAGAAACCAGGAGGAGAGGUCACAUUGAGGCUAUGGAGAGGCUUUUACAGCAGGUUCGAGCCACACACCAGCACUACUGCUGUGGAGACACAUCAAAGUUGCAGAAUCCAAGUCGUAAACAGUCAGUGUCCCGGAGCCUGAAACACCUUUUUCAUUCUUCUUCUAAAUUUGUCAAGAGUCUCAAAAGGGGAGUUUAUAUAGCAUCAGUAUUUUACCAUAAGGACAGUCUGCUAGUGACUAAUGAGGAUCAGAUCCCCAUAGUAGAGGUGGACGACUCAUACAGCAGCUCCCUCAUGCAGGACUUUCUGUGGUUCACCAAGCUGUCCUGUAUGUGGGAAGACGUCCGGUGGCUGAGACAGAGCCUGGCCGUCUCCACCUCUUCCUCUUCCACUCUGCAGUCCAGACAGAAGAUGCUGGCGGCUGCGGGCCAACUGCAGAAUCUUUUGGGCACUCACAAUUUGGGCCGAGUCCACUAUGAGCCCAUUAAGGAUCGUCAUGGAAAUGUGCUGCUUGUGACAGUAAGGGAGAUGGAUAGCCUUUAUUCCUUUUUCAACGGGAAAUGGAUGCUGGUAUCCAAACUGCAGAGUCAGAGGAAGUCUCUAUCUACUCCCGAGGAACCAUAUGCCCUGGACAUCCUUCUUAUAACCAUACAGGACAUUCUGGCCUAUCAGAGACGAAGUCAGCACCGGCUGUCCUCAGGGCUUUAUCUGGGCUACCUGAAGCUCAGCAGCUCUGUGGACCAGAUCAAAGUUCUGGUUCCUCAACGUAUGCCCAACAUGCUCUGCCACACCAAGAUACGAGACAACUGGAAUGUGUCCAGGGAUGAGUGGGAAUGGCUGCAAUCACUGUCUGGCCCUGUGGAGGUGGAAACAGCAGAUCAGGCCACAGACUGCAUCCUCUUCUCUGAGAUCCAGACGGCCAUUAAGGGUCUGCUGCACCAGCUCAAUCUACCUCUCCACCAGGCCAAGCACUUCCGUCUCUACACACUCGAGGUGCUGGAGCUGGGUCACAAUGUGUCCUUUCUUCUGCUGCUGCCCGCCUCAGACGACGUUUGCUCUGCCCCGGGACAGACCAACCCCUACACACCACACUCGGGGUUCCUCAACCUCCCUCUUCAAAUGUUUGAGCUCGUUCACUUCUGCUCAUAUAAGGAGAAAUUUAUCAGUCUUUACUGCCGGCUGUCCUCAGUGCUGGACCUGGACGCUCUAAUUACCCAGCAGGCUUUCAGAGAGGCCAUCACUGACUCAGAGGUGUCCACAGCCAAACAGAGACACCAGCACAUAUUGGACUACAUUCAGCAUUUGGACGAGAUGUGGCGAGACGUCCGCUGGAUCACCAAUGCUCUGCAGUACGCCCGCUAUAAACAGCCUCUCGGUUGGGUGCCUAUCACCUGGCUAGUUGAUGUCAGCGUGGAGCCUCCUGUCCAGAAGAAUGACUCCACGUCCUCUAACACAGACUACGUGCCCACUCCCUCGCCCUCUCCAGAAAUGAGGAGACGAAAGCCCACAAUCGAGUCCCAACCAGGUUCAGAUGAAGAGGGCUGUUCGGAGGUCUUUCUCCCCACAGACAGUGACUACGACUCCAGUGACGCUCUGAGCCCUCGUGACCUGGACUUAGUUUACUCCUCAGCCCAGGACCUCUCCCAUCAGGCCGUGCACAUUCUCAGCGGAAGCGCUCCUGAUGUUCUUCAGAUGCAUGAUCUAAAAUACAGCGCUUGCUCCAAGUCCAUCCUGGAACCCGAAUCGUGCACCAAAGACAUGGAGGACCUGUCGCUGUCUUCUUACUCUGUGAAGACCACGGACAAGCCAUCCCGCAGCAAGUUCCUGGCCGAUCCACCAACAAAACGUAAGCUGCUGUCCAAAAGCCAUCCCCAGAGGAGUUAUUUUGGCGGGCCGCACCACUGGCUGCGUGUACAGAGCGAGAGUCACACUCCUUCGCUAUCCGAAGGCAUCUACACCAGACAGAGCGAUAUCGACCUGCCGCUGGAGACGCCACUCUCCCUAUCGCACUCGCCCACUACCUCCUACAGUUUGGAUGAGUACAGACCGUCCUACAGGGAGUCUAAGCCCAACGUUCGCAGGAUUUUUGUGGAGUCGUGCAGCAAGACGUCGCCCUGUAGAGAUGCCCCUCAUUGGGAGGAGGAGGAGACGGGAUCGAGAGGAGCUACAGACAGAGAUGCUGGAUCGGGUUAUGGCACUACAGCAGAAGCUCAGGACGUGGAUUCUGACGAGCAAACGAAUGAACAAGUGUCGGAGAUCCUCAGCAGCACUCUUUAGGAAGAAAUAAGCAUUCCAUCAUAGACGUGUGGUUUUAUCACCACUUAAAUUGCCUCUAAGCUCCAGACCUUUUCCUCUCCAACCGCACACUUUACAACAGCUCACAGUUGUAAUGAGUGAACACUUAGCCUAAUCAAUUCUUGCAUCAUCACUGCAGAGGAUGAAGUUGCUGGUCAACACUGCGGGACUCAUAAAUCAUGGCUCUGACUGUUACAAUGUUAAAUAUCAAUGCAACGUGAAACAAAGCACUGCUUUUCCUUAGAACUUGAAAUUGCCUCAGCCAAUAGAGCCCAACAGUGAGCGCCCACUUUUUCAGCUUCCUUUGUUCUGAAUGUAUUUUCCCCAUUUAUUAUCACCAUAGGGGUUUCAAAAACGUCUUCAGGCUGAAAGACUCUGAAGUCAUGAACAAAAGCCAAACCAGUUCUAUAUUAUAUUUUGGAUUAAAAGCUACAAGCAUAUUUGAACUAUCUAUCUAUCUAUCUAUCUAUCUAUCUAUCUAUCUAUCUAUCUAUCUAUCUAUUAGGGGUGCACGAUAAAUAUCGGCCGAUAAUUAAUGCACAUCUGGUCAGUAAAGCUGGUUAUCUAAUCAGCUGUAAAUUCCAUCAGGUGCAUGAUUUCACAUAGAGCAGCUGUUACUACACAAAGCCAUUGUUAACUGACAAGCUGCGCUAAUUCACGUUCAUUAUCAGCAUGGAAUUGCGCAGCUUGUCAGUUAACAAUUAAUUAUCACGCAUCAAUUAUCGGCCGAUAUUUAACGUGCACCCCUACUAUCUAUCUAUCUAUCUAUCUAUCUAUCUAUCUAUCUAUCUAUCUAUCUAUCUAUCUAUCUAUCUAUCUAUCUAUCUAUCUAUCUAUCUGUCUACACACAAACUUUUAACAUUAUCUAUAUAUCUAUAUAGUUCUGUCAAAUGAUUAUUCGCAAUUAAUCACAUCCAAAAUAAAAGUGUGCGCUCUGUAUAUUCAUUAUGUAUAUUUAAAUAUGGACAGUAUGUAUUUUGAAAAUAUUAACAUGUAUAAAUUUAUAUUCAUAUAAUUUAUAUUAUAUAUAAAUAUAUUUAAUAUGUAAACAUAACAUAUUUUUCUUAAAUAUAUACAUGCAUAUGUGUGUAUUUAUAUAUACAUAAUAAAUAUACAGAGUGCACAUAAAUAUUAUAUGAACAAAAACUUUUAUUUUGGAUGCGAUUAAUCAUUUGACAACAAAAAUAUAUAUACACACACACGCACAGUCAUGGCCAAAAGUUUUGGCAGUGACAUAAAUUUAGUGUUUUGCAAAGUUUGCUGCUUCAGUAUUUGCGGAUUAUUUUUCCAAAUAUCUCUAUGGUAUAUUGACAAACAAUGAUAAGAGUAUCAUAAGUUUUAAAGGCUCUGAUUGGCAAAAAUAUAUAUAUAAUGAGUCAAUAUUUACAGUGUCGACUCUUAUUCUUCAUAACCUCUGCAAUUGACUCUGGCAUGCUGGAUAUUAGCUUCUGGGCCAAUUCCUGACUGAUGGCGAUCCAUUCUUGCCUUAUUAGUUCCCAGGGUGGAUCACAAUUUGUGGGCUUCUGCUUGCCCACCCGCCUUUUGAGGAUUGUGAUCCUGGCGAUGGCUAUGGAUCCAAAAUUUAAAUGGAAUGAUCUUUGAGCCACUUCUUUUUCACACUUUCUUUAAGACAUGCUGCUCCAUCAUGCUAGAAAAUGCAUGGAUCAUCACCAAAUUGCUCAUGCAUCGUUGGAAGAAGUCGCUCUUUCGGGACAUUUUGAUACAAUUCUUUAUUCGUGGCAGUGUUUAUGGGCAGAAUUAUGACAGAGCUCACUCCUUUGGUUGAAAAGCAACCCCACACAUGGAUGGUCUCAGGAUACUUCACUGUUGGCAUCUCACAGGACUCAUGGUAAUGUUCACUUCUUUUUCUCUGAAUAACUGAUUUUCUAGAUGUCCCAAAUAGUCAGAAGUGAGCUUCAUCAGAGAAAAUAACUCUGCACCAGUCUUCUGCCGUCCAAUCCUUGUACUUCCUGCAGAAUUUCUGUCUUUCCUUGACGAUUUUCUUGGAGAGAAGUGGCUUAUUUGCUGCCCUUCUUGACACCAGGCCGUUGUCCAAAGGUCUUGGCCUCACUGUGUGUGCAGAUGCUCUUACACCAACCUGCUGCAAUUCCUGAGCAAGCUCUGCACUGCCGGUGACAUGAUUCUGUAGCUGAUGCCUCAGGAGGAGAUGGUCCUGGCGAUUGUUGAACACUCUGGGACGUCCUGAAGACUUUCAGGUGCAAUACUCUUUGUAGCAAUUUCCUUGCAUGUGAGGCCAUUUUGAUGCAAAGCGAUGAUGGCUGCACGUCUUUCUUUGAAGGUAACCAUUGCUAACAAGAACACAAUGAUGGGAUGCACUUCUUCCCUCCUUUUAUAGAAUUCAGUCUGCAUUUACAAUCUAUUUAGUGUGAUAGUGAUUACACCUGACUAGUACUCAUUCACACUUUCACAUGUGCAGUUGAUGUGAAUUAAGAUCACAGCAGCUUAAGCAGCAAACUUUGCAAAAUACUAAAUUUAUGUCACUGCCAAAACUUUUGGCAAGGUGUAUAUAUACAGUAUAUAGACAAACUUGUAACAUUGCUUUAAAAAAAAGAACAUAUCUAAAUUAAUUGAUAUAACCUUUGGUUAGUUUGUUUUGAAGUUCACUGUGGAGAAAAUGAAUGGGAUUUUUACAUCCGGAAACAUGCUGUUUGGCUCUGUUGUGGUGUUUUUUGGAUUUAGGUGAUUUGAGGGUCAGUUAAAAUGCAGUUUAUGUGUUUACUUGCUAUGAAAGAUCGAUGUAUCUGCUAAUUUCACUGCCCAUUUAGUAUUGUUUGCUCUUACAAUUGAUGUAUGAAGUGGCAUCAUCCACUUUACACUACAUCUGUUUCUAAUAGAUUGCAUUUCAGUGGUUCAGAAACACUGGAUGAAUCAAAAAUGGUCCCAUCACUACAGACACUGUUACCAAACAUGAGCCCUUUUCAAAUUAAAAAGCUGGUAAGUUGUUCUAAGGGAAGAGUGCAUGACAUUUGUUCCACAGAUUGUGUUUCAGUGAAAAAUAGCUUGAGUUUUGCGAUGUUUACCAUAUGAUGGUGGUUUGUGGUGUGUGAUUGUUCACAUUUGAAGAUUCAUUGUAAUUUGUUUGUUUCUGUUCCUAUUUAUGCUGGGUAACCCACUGUUAUGAAAGGAAAUGAAAACCACUUAUGUUUUACAGGUUUAAGGAAUGAUAAAAACUGCACUUUUUAUACAUUUAGUAUAUUUGCCUCCCACAACGUUUACUGUAAUAAGAGUUUGACGGCUGGAUUCUUUUGAAUCGGACCACUUUUGACCUUUUGCAGAGGAAGGAAACUUAUUUGCUUGUACCGCAAAUUUGUGCCACUUGUAUAAACAUAUAUUUCAGUGAUUUGAAAGUGAAUUAUUUUUCUUACAUAAUUAUUAAUAUCACAGCACUCAUUUUGUUAAUAAAGCCAUAUAUAUUUGAAAUGCAAGUUAUGGUCUAAGGACAUAACCAAAAAGGUAUUUUGUUUAGUAAUGCAUCAUUAAUUCUAUAAAACCAUAGCACAUUCAUUUUGCAGUGAUUAUUACCUAACAGAUUUAUUGUGAAUAUAGUAUAUGUUUAUUCACAUAAUCCAUAUGUGCGCCCUGUAAUUAAGUGAAAUAUUUUUUUUUUCGCGAAUGAUAGGGCAGCUUUCGCAAGCAACAUUGUGAAUGUGUCUGUUGCAAUGUUUCAACAAUUUAUUAAUGUUUGUAGUGUUUUUUAUGAAAAAAAAGAAAGAAAAUGGUAUUUGCACAAAAUGUUUGAUUUCCCAAAAAUAUAUGUUGCAACUGGAGUUUCUCUUGUGAAGGAUUGUAAAAAAAAAAAAAAAAAGAUUUCAUCUUCCGGUUAAUGUACAGUGAUGUCAGCUGGUGCUCCAGACCCUGUGGGUAAAUGCACACAUUGUUCUGACACACGUGUUAAGUAUGCAUUCAACACAAGCCCACAGACAUGAGGCAUUAUUUAUCAUAUUCCACUUUACUUAUAUUCCAGUUAAAUCAUUGAACUCUUUACAACUGGCAUUCCAGUUAGGGUAUUAUUCUUAAAUUAUAUGGUAUAUUUGUCUUGAUACCUUUAUACUGUGCACAAUGCAAGCCAAAACAGUUAAAAAGCAUCAUAUCUGUAUAUUUUUGCAUUAUGCAUUUAUUGAUCCAAAUAAUAUAUUUCAGUAUUGUAUUUUUGAUGGUUGGUCCGAUGUAAGUUUCUGAUGUAACUUGUUUGCUUUUUGUGAUGCAUCUUGAAUAUGGCGUUGUGACAGAUGUAUUUAAGUCAUAAAAAAAUAAACAUUCCAGUGUAAAUAUU